UCAAAACAUUACGUCGUUUUUUUCCCUCUGAAGUUGGCGCGAGAACUCUCUAAUUCAAACUAACACUAACACUGAAGAAACGCCCUCUAUAAUGGCUGGUUCAUCUUCUCUGCCCGAGCUUCCUCAGGACAGCAUCGACAGCGUGUUGGAGCUGAACAAGGAUCUGGAGAGAAUUAUAGAAGCCAUUGAAAAUAUGUCAGUGCAGCUGACCUGGAUGGGUUAUGACAUGGUGGCAGUGCGGACUAGUCCCGAGCUGGGGGACUCUAUGCAGAAACUGGAUGAAGCCUAUCGUAGAUGCAGAGCUAUUGUCUGUGGAGACUGAGAACAGGAGGAGCCAGAGAUGGGUUAUAUGACCUGAGCCUACUGCCACCACGACACCUAUAUUCAGAUGUGAUAUCAGAGUUUUCAGUUCACAAGACACAAUGUUUCUGCUCUCUUGACUGUUUGCAUAAAAAGAGGAUGUUUCAUUCAGUAAUGCUGCAGCUCUUUGAUUGCUGUUAGUUGAUGUUAACAUGGCCUGCAAAUUGUGUUUGUUUUUGUAGGCUAUAAAGUGUUCUAAUCGGUUUAGCAUGUUAAAUUGAAUAAUAAAAACACAAAAAAUGA